AUGUCCUUAACAUUACACUGUGCUGUUCUGUACUUAUCCCUGACCUCUCCCACGGACUACCACCCAUCAGAAGUGAACAGAAUCAUCUUCCUCAGCUACCCGAGUCGACGGCACAGCUGUUCUUUGGUUAACAUACCUACACCAUGCAUCACCAAAAUAAUUUCCCACAUUGAAGAUGUGGAAUCCAAAAUACAGGAGCAUUUGAAACAGUUUGAAACUUCUUUUGAAGAAUGGACUUCUGCCAUGAAAGAUGAACUGGAAGAUGUGGGUGUGUCCACUCCAGAGAAAGAAGGCCGCUCUGAAAAAGCACGGGAUGAGAAGUGUCCAGAGUUGAAGAAGAAAAUGGAGAUAUUGCUGGCAGAGGCCAUCUACCUCAUUAAAAGUCUGGAAACUGACAGGGCUGAAGCGGAACAAGCAUUACUACAACAAAAAUCAAGAAAGAAAAGGAUUAGCACAAAAAUUGACUCUUGGUCCCUUUGGAAACUUCAGGAACUCCCCAUAGCUGUGCAGAAAGAACAUGAGAGCUAUUUCAAAGAUAUUUCAGAGCUGAACAUCCAUCUGGAAGACACAUUUAAAACUUUGAGGCAUUUGGAGCAGGAGAAGGAAAAGCUGGAAAAAGCCAAUGCCAAGAUCCAGAAAGAUGUAGACUACAUGAGUCAGCAAGGCCCUCUGCUGGAGCUAAAGAGGAAGGUGGAGUUAGACGCUCUAAGAAAAUGUUAUAGUGAAAAGUUUGAGUUGCUAAGUAUACAGAGAAAAACGGAGUGUGAGGGAGAAAUCGAAGCAUUAGUGCAAAUGAAGGCCCAAAAUCAUUCUUACCUCAAACAGCUCUACAAGAAGGCUUAUAAAAUUGGGGCUCUUUACCAAGCAGCUAGGGACAAAACAGACGCUAUGGAAGAUCAAAUAUCAGAAGUGAGAAGAAAAUUCAAGGUUAGAGAGGAAUCCCUGAAGAAGCGUACACGAGCUGAAAUAAGUAAGGGGAUAGAGGUUCAGAAAGAACUGUUUUCCACUGAAGAAUAUCAGUUCAACGAGGUGCAGGAGUUUUUGAAAAAGAAAGCACUGUAUAUUUUGGCUUUGUCAGAAGUAGAAAUUCCGCUGCGAGACAUAGAAACAGAACUUGUGAGGCUCAAAGACGUCCACCAACAUCACUCCGAUGCACUUGAGCAGAUAUAUGAGAGGAGACUCACCGUUAAACGGAGAGUAGAGGCAACAAAGAAAAAAUUAUUAAGAAAAAGGAGACAUAGCCGUAAGGAACUCACUAAAACUGAGGGGAGAGUUUCAAUAAUACAUCAAAAAAUAGAGUCAAAUAAAAUCAAAACAAUUGUCUUCAAUACAAAAUGCAAGGAACUGGAAAAGCAGAUAAACCUUAUGGAAGUGGAAAAAAAUCAUUUUGAAGAUAAACUUGAAAAGUUAAAGGAUGAGUUCAUAAAGCUGAGAUUUGACAGGGAGCACGUGCAGGCUGUGCAAAACAUUCUCCUGGAGGAGAAGGAGAUGUGUCAAGCAAGAGUCUUUGAGGAGAACAAGAAGUUCCAGAAGAUCUUUGAAAUGAGGCAGAGCACGCUGAACACCAUCUGGAAACUUCAAGAAGAAUCCCUGGAAGAAAACAUGCGUUUAGCCUCAGAGUAUCAAGCCCUGCAGAUGAUGGUCUUAGAGGAAAAAGACAUUUACCUCAACAGAUACGACAGACUGCUCUCACUCAAUGAUUCAGUUUGUGUGAAGAAAAAGAACUGUCUGCUGCACAAGAAGAAGGACAGGGAUUGGGAAACGUACCUCCAAAUGUUGAUCCGAUAUUACAAGAGGAAGGUGGCCAACAUGCAGUGUAACUCCCAGGACAGCAUUCAGAAAAUACUAACUGUGCAGCAUCUAAAGACUGCAGUACAAGGUUACCAUAUGUUCUGUUGCUCUCUAAAAGCCGGCAACAGGAGCAAAGUACAGGAAAGAUUAGCAGGCAGCUUUGGACCCAAUAGGAAUAUAUUUCCUAUCAAGCUUUUAGUCAACCAGGCAGACACAUUUUGGUGUAAAAGAAAAGAUGUUGAAUACUCUUACUGGGCAUGA